AUGGAUGUGUCUCUGCACGCUGCUCGCUCCCGACAGGAUCCCAAGGCCGCUGCUGAUCAAACGCGGUGCGCGCUCUUGGCUGAGCGGCGGCUCGGUUCUCUCCAACAGCGGCGGACACAAGCGGCGUUUUGAAGUUCAUUUCAAUGGAGCGCAACAACGACGCUGCUGCCUUCCAUGAGUCCUGCGUGUAGACGCCUGCAGUAGCGCGCGUGCGCCACGGCUGUAGGGAGUAGAGGAUCUGUCAGUAGGACCAAACAGAAUAUUGGGACAAGACUGCGACGGUGAUUUUGAACCUUCAGAGACGGGAAUCUGUUGUUGCUGUGUACUUCAGGCUCUUAUCUUCCGGCUCACGUCUUCAGGCUGCAUUUUUUCCAAGGUCAGCUGAUCCAGCAGAAGUCCAGUCCCAACAGCUGAAUCGAACUGAAUUGUGUGGAGCCGGGGAGCGGCAGGCUCGGGCUCAGCAGAAGCUCUUCACUAUGGAUGUGGAUGAGGAGGAGAACAUGAGUUCCUGCAGCACCGACGUCAAGGAAAACCGCAACCUGGACAACGUCUCCUCCAAGGAGGGGGCCAGCGUGCCUGAGCAGCUCCCCAACGGCGGCGGAGGAGGCGGGCGCAAGCGCCCCCUGGAGGAGGGCAAUAAUGGUCAUGCACACCCCAAGUUCAGGCCCAAGAAACGCAAGAAAACUCCAGGGCCGGUUCUUCCCAAGAAUGCUCUUAUGCAGCUGAAUGAGAUCAAGCCAGGCCUGCAGUACAAGCUGCUCUCUCAGACUGGGCCGGUCCACGCGCCAGUCUUUGUCAUGACUGUAGAGGUGAACGGACAGCUUUUUGAAGGUUCUGGCCCUACUAAGAAAAAGGCAAAGUUGAACGCAGCUGAGAAAGCACUGCGCUCUUUCGUGCAGUUCCCUAACGCUUCAGAGGCACAUCUGGCUAUGGGCCGAACGCUCACUGUCAACACGGACUUCACCUCAGACCAGGCCGACUUCCCCGACAUGCUCUUCAACGGUUUUGAGACUCCUGCCCCACCAGAGGACUCCUUUUACCUGAGUUCCAACUCCAACGGUUCCCUAAACCCACUGGGAGAAUACCCAGUACCACCGGUGACCAGUACAAACAGCCUGGCUCAGGCCCCGCUGCCUCCCCCAUCCACAUUCAACACAUCGUCCAGCGGAAAGAACCCCGUCAUGAUUCUGAAUGAACUGCGGCCGGGCCUCAAAUACGAGUUUGUGUCGGAGAGUGGCGAGAGCCACGCUAAAAACUUUGUCAUGUCCGUGACCGUGGACUCACAGACCUUCGAGGGAUCAGGGAGGAAUAAGAAACUGGCGAAGGCGCGUGCAGCUCAGGCUGCGCUCUCUGCUCUCUUCAACAUGCAGCUGGACCAGACACCAUCUCGCCAACCAAUCCCCAGAGAAGGCCUACAGCUACAUCUGCCUCAGGUUUUAGCAGAUGCUGUCUCGCGUCUCGUGGUGGACAAGUUCAGCGAGCUCACCGACAACUUCACGUCUCCACAUGCACGGAGGAAAGUGCUGGCUGGUGUUGUCAUGACAACAGGCACCGAUGUGAAGGAGGCCCAGGUGAUCUGCGUCUCCACUGGAACCAAGUGCAUAAACGGCGAGUACAUGAGCGACCGUGGCCUGGCACUUAACGACUGCCACGCUGAAAUCAUCGCCCGUCGCUCCCUUCUCCGCUACCUAUACAUGCAGCUGGAGUACUUCCUCAGUAACAGCAAAGAGGAGUACGAAAAGUCCAUUUUCACCCGGUGUGAGAAACACGGCUACAAGCUGAAGGACAACGUUCAGUUUCACCUGUACAUCAGCACGUCGCCGUGUGGAGACGCUCGCAUCUUCUCACCACACGAGGCAGGCGUCGAAGAUCAGGGAGACAGACACCCGAACAGGAAAGCUCGGGGUCAGCUGAGAACUAAGAUCGAGUCGGGGGAAGGCACCAUCCCCGUACGCUCCAGUAACACCAUCCAGACAUGGGACGGCGUUCUGCAGGGAGAGAGACUCCUCACCAUGUCAUGCAGUGACAAGAUCGCCAGGUGGAACGUGGUGGGGAUCCAAGGCUCGCUGAUGAGCUACUUCACUGAGCCCAUCUACUUCUCGAGCAUCAUCCUGGGCAGCCUGUAUCACGCUGAUCAUCUCUCUCGGGCCAUGUACCAACGCAUCGCUGACAUCGAACACCUGCCCCAGCAAUUCACCCUCAACCGGCCCCUGCUCAGCGGUAUCAGUAACGCAGAAGCACGGCAGCCAGGAAAAGCUCCUAACUUCAGCGUGAACUGGGCGGUGGGUGACCAAGGUUUAGAGGUCAUUAACGCCACCACGGGUAAGGACGACAUGGGCCGGCCUUCUCGCCUCUGCAAGCAUGCUCUCUACAGCCGCUGGGUUCGACUGCACUCAAAGUUCUCGUCCACCUUGCGGAUCAAAGUGGCCAAGCCGAGCUCAUACCACGAAGCCAAGCAGGCGGCAGUGGAGUAUCACGCCGCAAAGCAGACGCUCAUCAAGGCCUUCCAGAAAGCAGGAUUGGGGGCCUGGGUGAAAAAGCCUAUAGAACAGGACCAGUUCUCUCUGAGUUCCUGAAGGGGAUGCAAGAGGGACAGUGCAGAGAUCUGAAUGACAUGACUACAACCAGCUGUUGAUAUGUCACUUUGUGUGUGUGUGUGUGUGUGUGCACUUGCGUGUGUGCAUGUGUGUAUGUGUGUGUAUGUAUGUGUGUGUGUUUGUGUUGAUUUCCAGCCAAUCCACAGCCCUUUAGACUCGCUCACUCUGCCCUUACACACCUGAUAUUCGUUUGUCUGUUGUUUAUAACAAACGCCUGUGUUUGGGGUCGGAAAAUCACCCCAGAGCUCUGAAUUGGAUACAGUGUUCUAUUUUACAACUGGAAGAAAAAAAACAUUGUCACUUUAUUCCUGUUAAAUGGGUUAUGAUCGCUUCCAACCCAUCGUGCUCAUGUUUGGUGGCCUCGGAACGUACAUGCAGGUUUAUGCUAAUUAUGACACUGAAAAGCUUCCCUCUGUUUUUAACCUUCAUCCUUCUCUUUUAUUCUGUUUCUAAAUCUAACUUUGAAAUCAAGACUGUACUUUUUAAUAUUGGAAAUUUCUUUUUGUUUUUUUCCCUCGUACGAUGUAAGACUAAUUAGAAUUUAGAACAGCAGUUUUUUUUGUUGUUAUUUUUUUUUACAAAUCAGACUUGUUUUUUUUUCCCUUUUAAAACAGACACAAACAUUUUUUUAACGUUCUAGAAUCAAGCCUUUAAUUAACCGUGUAAUCAAAAUGCAACCAAAGUACAUUGUUCUCGUUUAACUUUAUGUCUCAGUGACAGCUCUAUUGCAUGUUUGUACCGUGUGCAGUGGCACACAUCACUCUGAACAAGUGCCCGAUUUUUUAUUUAUUUUUUAUUUUUUUUCCUUCGGGCAAAAUAUAAAAGACUUGAUGAAGAAGCUGCCUUCUUUUGACCAUUUUAGAAGUUUAGGCAUUUAGGUACUUUUACAGAAUGAUGUCUCGUCUUUUUUUAAAUUGCAUGGGCGUGUAUGAAGCUAGGUUUUGUAGCUGUUGCUAUGUCAGUCUGUUCAUUUGCAUUGAUCAUUGUAGAAACAGAUGGUAGAAUAUAUAAUACCACGCCGCCCACCGAAUUUAGGGAACGGCAGCGUUUCUCGGUUGUGCACGUUUAUUGUCUAUAGCGGUCUCUCUGCAUGGAAAGAGUGGACGGUUUUCAGGGGUUACUUACAAACAGCCCUUGUAUUUAAUUAGGGCUUUUUUCUUUGUUUGUUUAUUAAAUAUGUCCGUUUUUUUUUUUUGUUUGUUUGUUUUUUUCUUUUCAAAUUUUUGGCACAAAUUGUCCAUAUUGCUGAAUUCUGCUGUAUCCCUGCUACUGAGGUCUGCCUUCUUUCUGCAAGAUUCUUUUCCUGCUGUUUUUAAAGCUUGUGCACUCUUUCAUUAUUGACAACAAACAGCAGCAUGUUCGACUGAUCCUGAAGUCAUAUAAACAGGAGCAUGAUUUCUAUAAUAAUCCUCAGUUUUUAUUUUCAACAGCCGGCUUUUGUUCCUUAGUUAAAAAGGAAGCUUCGCUGAACUUGAAUCACAGACUUCGAUUUUCACCUUAUUUUUAAGGCAACAGCUCCAUUUGGCGAAAACGAAAGGGAAGGCCACGGUUUUAUGUUGAAAUAAGUGAAACCGUGAAUAUAUUUCACGUUAAAUUGCUGUUUUUCACUUUGGAACGCAGCGUAGUCACAUGACCUCUGCAGCCCAAACACCACUGGACUUAGCUGAUUCUCUCUCACAACUGUACAGAGAGACGGUGUUACAUUUAAGUGUGUGUGUGUGUGUGUGUGUGUGUGUGUGUGUGUGUGUGUGUGUGUGUGUGUGUACCUGCUGCUGAGCCCAACCGGCACUCUGUCGAGAUGUCAUAGCAACAGGACUUGGAGAUUGUUGAAUCUUCACCAAAGAUGAUGUCUUUUACGUUUGGUUGUUUUACGGUAAAAAAAAAGUGUAAACUUUAUUUUUUAAAAACAGUUAUUAAUGCAAAGUUCGGUGGACAUCUUAUAACCGGUCAUCAAGGUUUUGUAUAUUCAUUUACUAAUAUAUUUUUAGUUUGUUUCACUGACUAUCUCUGUGUUUUGCAUUGAUAUGAGAGCAGCUCCUUUCUCUGAGUUUCGGUUCCUGUUAGUUUACAACUGUAAAUAUUGUGAACCUCUGUCGUUGCCAUGGACACUCAUAUAUACUGCAUAUGUUUCUGGUAGUUCUGAUCGACUGUUUCUUCAUCACACCUUUACACACAAAUGCAGAAACUUGUAUGGAAGUGGUAGCUUCUAUACCACUUGUUUUCUUUUAAUUAAAGUCAUUGUAUUGUUUUCUGUUUGACAGAAACCUUGUUUAUGUUCGAUUGGUUCAGCCGUCCUGACCCUGUACCUCAUACACAGAUAGAGAGAAUGAACAAGACAAGAGAUUGUGUCCUUAGAAAACACAACAGUUGCCAGGUCUGUGUGAUAACUCACCUAAUGACUUUACUGCUAUUAAAACCCAGGAUCAUGAUAUGAUAUGAGCAGCACAGGAUGCACUGAGUAGCUUUGUUGCAUUAUAAUAGUGGUGAAAUCCUGAGCUUAUGUUAUUGUCUGUCUGGAUGAUCACACAUUGUCCCAGUGUCCAUCUCCAUCAUGUUUCCUCCAGAGGGUCUGGUUUACUUAAACCUCCCAGAAACGUGUCAGUAGGUGGACUCAAAAUUUGCAGUUAACUGGUUUGUCACUCAAGCUGCAUUGCCACCUCACACCUUCCUGGCUUAGGCUCUGCCGGGACCAGGACCAGGACGAAGCACUUAAUAAAUGAAUGAAUUAAUUUUGUUCAAACUGUAUUUAAUAUCCAUCUCCUGGGUGGUCUGGUAUUGUCUGUCUGCAUAGAAUGCCCUGAGUAAUGAGAGCUAGGAGAUUGAGUAAAACUAACAGACCUGGCAACUGUUUUUUUUUUUUGUUUGUUUGUUAUAUUAUAAUGUACUUCGAUUUUGUCCUUUAUUUUGUAGCCCAGCGAUGAAGAUAAUAUUUUAAUUUAGAUUUUUUUUUUUUUUUUUAUCUUUCAGUUAUAAGCCACUCAUCAUGCUUUCAUGCCUUCCCGUCUGUAGUGUACUGAUUGUCAAACCUGUACUUCACACACUACUGUUCUAUCUCUCUCAACUACCCAAGAUGUCAGUGGAUGAUGUCAUGAAUACAAUCCCCCAAUCCCAGCCAAGUCAGGAUUUUUUUUUUUUUGAUUUUUUUUUUUUUAAUUGGUCUGGAACAGGAGCGUAUUUCAGUCCAGUCGUGACUCUAUGCUCUGGUUCUGGUUCUGGUCAGCCCUGUUCUGAGAGUGUUGUGAUUAGUUGACUGUACAGUGGGGUAUGGUGGUGCUGUACACUGCCGCCUCCUGCGUGUCCUCUGUAAAAUCCAUACACGGGCCACCUGCAUGAGCUCCUCCACUGAAGCUGCACCCAGCAUGAUGACUAUAAAAGGACUUGUAUGUAGAAAAAAAAACAUAGAUCUAUAUAUAUAAAGGAGAA